AUGGACGUUGACGACGAACAGCAAAAUCCCAGGCCUGCCCCGCGGCUGGAGGUCGUGUACCCAGAGUCAGACGAGGAUUUCGAGGACGAAGAGGACGACGGGCACGUCUCUAGCACUGACCUCGAACGCAUGACACAAGGAGAGCGUCGCAAUUAUUUGGCCCAUCGGGAUAAGGUCCGUCGCAAAUACGAAGCCCGGAAGAAACAGCCUCCGCCCAAGGCAGAAACAGAAUGGAGCCGCUGCGUCCGCAACGCUCGAAUGGCGCAGCGUUUACUCAAGCGGGACAUCGAUAGUGCAUAUCGGGGCGUGCCGCGCCCCCCACGAUACGGUGCCGGAGAAGAGGCGUUCAUGGAGUGGGGCUACUACGCCAACGCUCACCUCGAGCACCUUUGGCGCCAGCGCAAAGCAGUCGAGGCGGGUCGUGUGCGCGCGCCGGCACCCUGGGAUCGGCGCGCCAUCGAGCCCUUUUGCCUACCAGCGCGACCGGGCCAAGCACCCGACGGGCCUCAUGCGCUUGCUCCAGCCCAACCCACGACCUUGCCGUCUCUCGACGUGGCGAUGGCGGACUCAACUGACGCGGCGAGCGCACGAAUUUCAGCAACUGAGGAGCAGCCUCUCGGACGCAAGAACUUGUCGUUCAAGCGGACGACACAGCGCGAAACGGCGCCGGCCGCUGACCGCCAAUCUCGUCCGGGGACCUCGCGAACGAUAGCUUCCCUCGCUCCCACGCCACCUGCCCUUCCACCUUACAUGGUUCCUGCUACGUCGUCUACGACACUUCAAGUAGAUUAUCAGACUGAGGGGCGAAACUUCUCCUGGGCUCGCGGUCGCGCCCAUGCGAACACCGACAGUGGGACUCACGUCGUGGUCGCUCUGAACAAGCUGUGGGUACCUCAGCUGGUUGUUGGCCGUGUGGACAUUAUUCUUCGGCCCGAUGGAAGAUUUGGCAUCGAGGAUCCCCUCAACUGGCCGCAGCUGUACUCCGAAAGCAAGCCCUAUCUGGCCCUAAUCCCCAAGGCUCCCAGGGCGACCUCCGAUGCCGCUCCUCUGUGGCAAACACCCGCUUCCAAGGACUUCAUCCGGGCCAACGACGAUGCGUCUGGGGGGGCGUUCGGCUACCUGAGCCGGGUUCAACUGGUCGCCUUGGGCAAGAUC